CCUCAGCGUCCAGAGCAGCUCUUGGCGUGCUCCUUGCAGGAGGAUCACCUCGUCUGAGCUGUUCUCAGAUUACAGACACUGUUGUUUUGUCUCUGUAUUUUCUUGCACAGUCUCAGAACUCGUGCAAGUGUCCUGUUUUACCCCUUUUUUACUUGCACAGUCCGUGGACUGGUGCAAGUGUCUCAUUUUUCCCCUUUUUACUUGCACAGUCUCAGGACUUGUGCAAGUGUCCUGUUUUUCCCCUUUUUACUUGCACAGUCUCAGGACUUGUGCAAGUGUCCUGUUUUUCCCCUUUUUACUUGCACAGUCUCAGAACUCGUGCAAGUAUCCUGUUUUUCCCCUUUUUACUUGCACAGUCCCAGGACUUGUGCAAGUGGGGUUUUUUUUCCAUUUUUGUUUCCUGGCCUACGGACUCAAGCAGCCCUGCUCAAAGGAUGGAGCGAGUCCGUAGAGCAGUCAGAAGCGCCUUUUCAUUGGCGGCUUCUCGGAAGGCUUUUCUUCGUUUGGCUGCAGCUCGCCUCAGAGGUGGAAGGAGUCAAGCGCGGGCUUCGGUCCCGCGAGGAGAGGAUCUUGCCAGUCAGGACUCCUGGGCCCAGGCAGGAAAGGCGGAGUGGCAGGAGAGCACGGACAGAGUGCACAGCGCCCAGGAGUUCAGGUGGAAGGAGUUGGCUGCAUGUGAGAGAAAGCACCACUCCUCACUGGAGAGGGCGUCUGAAGUGGCGGCACCGACAACGGAGGAAUGGCAGCCUCAGAGGGAUCUGCUGAAGGAAGCGGUUCCUCUGGCAGUGCCAAAGGUUUUCCGCCGGCAGCGGCCAGCCCACAGGGGCCUGGAGAAGCUGCUGCAGGAGUUCUCCCGCCAAGGGCACACCCUGUCCCAGGUGUGCAGAGAGAAGGCGGUGCUGGCACAAGAGAAUGCUGCCCUGGAAGCACGACUGGCAGCCACGGAGCGGGACCUGCGAGGCCUUUCAGAGCAGCUGGCAGAGGCCAGAUGUUUCUUGGGCAGAGAAGCAAAGAGAUACAAGCAAAAAGGGAAGGAUACUGUGAUGUGA